AAAGCACAAAUUUCACUAUUUCUUACUUUCUUCUUUUUACUUUAUUAAAUUGUGAUUAUACAUUAGAAAUAUGGCUACACGGUGAUGACACCAGGGUAAUGUCGGAGGAAUGUAUGUGAACUAUCUCAAGAUUCCUGGAAACUUUUAAGACACGGGUUAAUUUGAAAAGGGAGAAAAUAUUUCGCCAAACUGCAAGCAGUUAAAUAUAGUAAUGGGGAAUAAUGAAAAUCUGUUAUUACAGCUUACGCUGUACUCUUGUCUUUGAUGUAAAUGAUACUGUAAAACAGACCUAGCAUAAUUACAGAGCUGUUAUAAUGAUGACUUAUUCAUCAGCACGCUAAGUUUUUAGCCAACCCAUCUAGCUGUAAGAUCCCAAUCUUGUGCGGGCAAAUGAGUUCCACAGUUGACAUUUAAAUUGAAUACUCAGUGACAAUGCGUCUAAACGAACGUCUAUUAGGCGUACCUGUUCAUUGUAGCUACUUUCCGUUAGAAUAAGUCUAGAUGUGUGAAUAAAAUAUAUUUAGUGUCUGUUGUGUUAUCACACUAACUGAAAUACGUUAAACUCAAUAAUGGAGAGUUGGUCGCCUGCACCCUAGAGCAAAGGGAAUAAAACUUUAUGUUUUGCGUCGAUCAUACGCAUGCCCAUGAAGCAGCCGCUUAAGAUUUCAGUAAGGGGAGUAUGGAUUGUCAACGGAGUUGUAUGCCGAUUUGCUCCGUGAAAUUUCAAAAAUGAACGGGAGAGUUUUUUUUAUAUUGUUCCGAUCGAUGCUUGAGCGAUAAUAUUUGAACUUGAUUGUUUGAUGGAAUGUGGUUUUGCCAGCUGCAUUUUAGCGUGCCUCGCGCAUAGGUGCAUUUCGCUAGUGUGCCUUUUAGUUCAACCGUAUUGUAAACGUGUGGAUCGUUUUCAGGUCAGUGGCUUUUUUGAAAUUUAUUUUUGUAUCAAUAAGAUUUCAUGAAAAACAAAUGUGUAUUGGAAAAACCAAAAAUUGCUCAGGUUUUCAUAUUAUGCUGAUAUUUAAGUUAGGAAAAUAGAGUCUGCACACAUGGAAAUAAAAUCGGACCGCAGCAACAUGCCCUAACAUAAUGUUUACUUCAAAAACACUGGCAUGAAGCACAGGGGAAAGCUACAACACGGGCCUCCCUUGUCACCUGAUUUCAAAGUCACAUUAAGUUCUUAUUGCAAUAACAAUUUCUUGCACUUAGGAAUGGCAUAUGCCGGCCACUCAAGAAAAUUCAACCGAUCCACGCUCAAAGCAUGGAGGAAGGACACAGAAGGAGUUACAACUCUGGCACUUCAAAGUGCUCAGUGAUCAUCGCCGGCUGGUCACACGAAUAACCAGAAAGCAUGCCGUACCUGCCCAAUUACUGCCUGGGCUUUACCGGAAAAGUCAGGCCAGGAAUUUCCCAGCGAUACUCGUGGUGUUUCGCUUUCAAUUAACUGCAACCUAUUGCUGUAACCAGGAAAUAGAGAGAGAAAAAUCUCUUACGUUACACCUGCUGUUGUCACCGUCAAUACAAAUUUUACUUUGAUGCCCGGCUCUAUUAUCCAUACAAUGCUCGCAAUUUGUUUUUAUCACUCCAAAAUAUCAGCUUUCCACGACUUGGUACGAAUCUGGCUAACACUGGCAAACAACAUGUUGACCACCACUCGAAAACGAAUGAAAUCCGCUACCGGUAUUUCAUCACAAGGAGUGAUGAUGAAAUCUCAUAAAAUGCACGUUUUUAGAAAUGCAGUCAUAAAGACGAUUUCAAUCAAACAUCUUGACUAUUUUCAACACAAAAGAACUCCAAAAGAAACCAAAAGAAGGGCACUAACUGCACAUGAACAUUUUCCGCCCAUUGCCUAACACUAGCAACUGUGCGCAAGCAUUGAAUUUUAUGCUGCCAAGAAAUCAUAUCAAGCACCGAUGAAGUUAUGAAUAUUCAAUUUCACUAAGCAAAGUUUUAGGACGCAGAUUACCAGCGAAAAAUUGCGUCGAUGAUCAUUGGGGAAAAAAGGGGUCUCAUGGUUAUGAAACAUAUGGUGCGCUUUGGCUACGGACGUACCGCGGGUACGCCAUGCAGAAAGCGUUAAUUGGUCAGAUGUUAUACCCCGGCCAGUUUAAACUCCCUGCGUCCUUCCUCCACUGAUGCUCAAACAAACGUCCAUUUAGUCUGUCCGCACAUGAUUACUUUCCACAUUGUCCAAUUCUUUUUCAUUAAAAACGGACAAUCAUUCUGUUAUCUUCCUCCGUAAAGAAAGACAUUAUUCAUCUCACACAGGCCCGGUGCCGUCAAAGAUCUACAUUCAAGUCCUGGAUAUGUAGAUACAGAUCGGAUGGUAGUAAUGAAGCACAUGAAAUAUAACACGGAAAUCGUAGGUUUUGCAUGACAGUGAUUUUUCUGGUAAGAGCUUUUGUUCCAAUUUAGGGGCACACAUGGGUAGACCUUUUGUACUAUCCCUCCUUUACUAAUCCCUUCGUAACAGAAACAUUGUUACCGAAACGACGGAUGCUGCGCAGAAAACCUGUAAGCAACUGUUACUCGUGUUUAAAAUUGAAAACUUGACAGCUGCACGCUGACCUGAAAACGGAUCGUUAAAUAUUACAACUCGUAAGUUCUUCGGUGACUCAAAUGCCUUUCAGGCUUUCACAAUGAGUGAAAAAAGACAACAUGUGCAUUAUUAAUCAAAGUCUGAAUCACAAAUUCAGGACAAAUUUAUAGAAAAAAAAGAGGUAACCAAUCGUAUGGAUCAUGUAAGCGAAUGAUUCUUCCAGCUCUGUGAUCACUGCCAGCGAGACACGCUGUGGUGUUUUACGUUCUAAUGCAUUGUGUAUUGACCCGCUAGGCAGCCGUGAGUGCUGCGCUGGCAGGAUAUCGCUGGUAACCUUGGAUGAAAGCUGCUGUUUUGGAUAACAAUGGCCAUCGACGUGAAGUGCUCGUACCGGAACAGUCAGGGUUAACCAUAGCCCUGUUUUCUGUGGGAUGUUCUUACAGUUUGCCUUGAAAAGGGAGUAACAGCUAGUCCACAUGCCGCACCGCCGUGUAUAAAAGCCGCAUUUAUCUGGUUAGGUCCAUACUGAGCACAGGUGUUCUAUCGUUCUCUCAGCUCAAAUUUCAAUUGGAAGACUGUAAGUGUGUACCACAGAGAAAGGAUACGUUAAGGUCAACGCAGAGAAUAUUACAAACAUUUGCCACGGACACGAUGGAGGAAAGUGCAGUUGCAACCACCAACCCAGUCAAGUAUUCGGCCAAUCAGUCACUCACUGACUUAUUCGCCAUUGAUGGAACUACGAUUGCCACCGCCAAUGUUACAGAGUAUUCGGCGUAUCAGACAUUCACUGAACGUCAACUGUUUUCUGCGUACAUUUUUAUCACGAUGAUCGUGGGAUAUCUUGGGAACUCAACGGUUGUUUACCUCGUCUGGUCUGUCAAGAAGCUGCGAACAGUCACCAACGUAUUCGUGGUGAACCUUGCGGUUGCUGAUUCUACGACGUGCGGUGGGGCCAUCUUGUCGGCCGUGGUGGUCCUGUCUUAUGAACUCAUCAUACCCGUGUGGCUCUGCCAGUGUAUCGCCUUCGGACUUAUUACCGUCAUCGGGUGUAGUGUGAACACCCUGGCUUUGAUCGCCGUCAACCGGCUGGUUGCUGUCACCGACACGGCCAGGAUUCGGUACCGCAAAAUCUACACCCGCUGGAAGAUAGCCGCGAUGAUUGCCAUGGCUUGGGCCAUACCGAUUUUUGUAGCGUUGAUCCCCGUCUUUUCUGAUUACGCUGAACUUGGCUACGACCCGCGUUUUAGUACCUGCACCUGGCUGUCUGCGCCGGUGGAUGGACUCAUCUACUCGUUUUUCGUGACGUUGGUGUUCUACCCAAUCCAGCUCACCAUCGUUAUUGCAUCCUACAUCAGGAUUUUCCUCUUCGUCCGGAGCUCGACCAAGGCAGUGAUGCUGAAGGGUAACCCUGAGUCUGGAACGCCAUCCAGUCUCCAGAAGCAGCUCUCGAAGCGCCAGCUGGCCGUCACAAAGAAUCUUUUUCUCGUGGUUUGCGUCUUCCUCGUGUGCCUUUUCCCGUACUUUUUUGUCCUUGCUCUAGACUCUCUUGCCUUUGAAGCCCUGCCGUUCACCGCCGUGCUGCUUCUGACCAACAGUUGCCUGAACCCUAUCAUCUACGGAACUAAACAUCCGGACUUCCGUGUGGAGUUUUCUCGCUUGUUUAGUAAUUUCUUUGGCAAGUGCCGGUCCAAGAGGGCGAAACCGCUUGAAGAGCGCAGUCGCUCGGUGCCCUCUUCGUCUGACAAAGUCGCCACAACAGACACCAAGGACACGCAAGUGUAAUGAAUAAGCUCUUAUAUAUAUUACUUCCAUUUACAAGCUGUGAUUGAUAGACAUAAUAGAGCUUAAGACAUUUCAUAUUUCACGUUGGAAUUUUUACGCUCAUUCUAACAUUAUAUGUAGGCCAAGUUAAAGACCUCACCUACCGUUUGGGUGGUAUCGUAGGCUACUAUUAAAUCGUUUUAGUUUUAUUUCACGUUGAGAAAAUCGAAGAUUUCAUGUGAUUUUUUUGAGUAGGGAUUGUUACUUUUUAUUGUGAAAUAUAAUGAUGUCGUAAAUUUCUGCUCGCUAAUGUAAUAGGACUCCUCUUUUACACUGUUGUGGAUUUUAACGUUGAUUUCAGGGAUCUGGUUCUUAUAGAAAUAAUGGGUAUUCAUGCAGAGAAUAGACAAGAUUCUUUCACUGCUAGAAAUGUCUUACAUGUUAUAACUUUAAUAAAAAACGAAACUACGAUCUUCCUUUUCUUACCUUAUUGAACUGUCAUCAAACUUAAGAGAAAUGGCUACACGAGAAUGUUCACUGGGGUAUGUUGUUAGGAAAUGCUCAUCUAACAUAAAUGCCAAUGUAAAUAACUGUGUACGAAAGUAAAUACAUGUAACUGUGAAUCACAUAAUAUAUCUUUAACGGACCAUGCAACACAUUUAUUUUGCCAUAACCCUAGAAAUUGCCUACAUGAGUCUUACUUUCAAGUGAAGUUGCAUAUUCAUCAACAAAAUUGUGAUGUCAUCCCAAGCACUGAAUCUCACCUUUUUAUUGAUUUUGUAAUAAAAACUUCGGAAAAUUUGUAAGUGA